GCUCGGCCGACCCCGGCCGCGGGAAAUGGCGCCAAGUAUUACAGCAAAACUCGCCUCGCCUCUUUUUCCCGCCUUCUACAGCACCCACGCCAAGCCAAUAAAUGAAUUUCUACUAUUCGGGGUCAUUUACUUUGCGAGCGCGCUCUCUCCCUUUCUCUAUGGCGACCAAGAAAACCCUAACGGAUUAUGAAAGCCAGCGGCUCGAGAACAUCCGCCGGAACGGCGAGAUGAUCGCGUCCUUGAUGCUCCAUUCUAAGGCCUCCGAGGUCUCUGACUUUUUCAAGCGCAGCAGUUCCAAAUCCACCAAAUAUGCCCACAAAAUCAAGAAGCAAAAGAACUCUCCUCCUCGAUCUCCAUUAGUGAUCCGCCGGUCGCUCCGCACCCGCGGCCUCCCUCCAAAUCACUCUGGCUACCCUUCAACACCCACAGAUUCCUCACCGUUCCCGCCUUCUCCAAAGCCUGAGCUCUCGCCUGCGCGGAAGCGCGAGCAGAUCCACAUCAAUGAUGCGUUCCUAGGUGAAAUUGCAGCUUCUGACCGCCCUCUCAUCGAUGUAAUUUUGGCCGCAGCCGCUGCAGGAGCCGAUGUCGAUGGCGGGUCGAGGUCAAAACUAUUGGGGGAUUACAAGUUUGAUCCGAGGUCGUCGAUGGUACUGAAGCCCGAGAAUGUUGGAAAGGUUCUUCCGGAACGGAUUCUUAGCGUCCAGUUCUUGCCUUCUGCUAACCGAACCGUGGUUGUCGUCGGUAACAAGCUGGGAAAUGUUGGGUUCUGGGAUUUGGAUUUUGGGAUGGGCGAUGGGAACGAGGACGAUAGCGGAAUUUACGUUUAUGCACCGCAUUCUGCUUCGGUUUCAGGGAUCUCCGUUCAUCCCUCAAGCGUGAGUAAGAUAUUUACUGGUAGCUAUGAUGGCUUAGUUCGCAAGAUGGAUGUUGAGAAGGAAACCUUUAAUGUGACAUAUUCUACCGAGAACUGUAUAUUUUCUAUUUGUCAAUGGCCAUGUGAUAUCGAUUCCCUCUAUAUUGGAGAGGGAGCAGGGGAUCUUAAACAUUGGGACGAGAGAGCUGGCAAGGUUUCAAGCAAAUGGGGCCUUCAUGAAGACAGAAUCAAUUCAGUAGACUUCAGUCCAGAAAAUUGUUAUUUAAUGGCUACAAGUUCAACGGAUGGAACGGCUUGCAUAUGGGACCUAAGAAGAAUGAAGAAUCAUCAACCGGAGCAGCUUAAUGUGGUUCGCCAUAAUAGGGCUGUUCAUUCGGCAUAUUUCUCUCCCACUGGAAACUACCUUGCAACAACAAGCAUUGACGAUACAGUUGGAAUUAUCAAUCUCUCCCACCUCAAUGAUAUAUCUAUGGUUCAUCAUUACAAUCAGACUGGUAGAUGGUUGUCCUCAUUCAGGGCUAUUUGGGGGUGGGACGACUCAUUUCUGUUUCUUGGAAAUAUGAGAAGAGCUGUGGAUAUUAUUUCUAUUACCAGCAAAACUACGACGGCUUUGGUAAGCCCAGAAAUGACUUCAAUACCUUGCCGCUUUGCUUCUCACCCCUGCCAAAUUGGAACUCUUGCUGGUGCCACAGCCGGUGGUAAGGUCUUUGUGUGGACAAAAUCAUAAAUAUUGGAGCAAUUUUUGGACCUCUUGUGUCGCUAUGCGUUUGUAGCAUAUCAAAAAUUUAAGCAUUCGUCUUUAAAGAGAUUUUGUAAAUCCCACCAUUGUACAAGAAGCAGCUAUGUGGCCAUGCACAUCGUUGAACCUUUUUCAGUUCUUAUUCCGGAAAAAGAUGAAUGAAUCUUCUGAGUUAAAAAAAGUAUUGCUUUAUUCACCUUAUAAGCUAACAUUCGCCAUUCGGCAUCUAUAAUGAGUGGUGAUAUUUAUGUAUACGGAUGCUAAAAAAAAUCAUGUUCCGCCAAAAAUAGUAUGUUCGACUAA